AUGGAGAGACCUGGAGCGGUCAAAUAUGCUAAUGAGAUACUACGCGAGCCAAAAUAAAACCGCAGUGACAGAUCGAGUAACAGCAUUUGUUUUUUUACCAAUUAUUCGUGGUUGUGUCUUCCUUUUUUACRCGUCUACUACUCAAAGUGAUCCCUAGGAACGACAAGGAUAUCCUCUAGAUGGAUUUUAUUCAAGAAUUGAGUGGAUAAAGCUGUCAAAAAAGACAAGUAUUCGGCAUGAUUAAUGGCGACAAUGAUAGACGCACCAACAACAUGUGGACCUCAUGAGCAAGCGUCUUGUUUUUUUUACGAUUCCUUUUUAUGAAUUUUUAAAGAAAGCAUGCAUUUCGAUGGAUUGAUAAAUAAGUAGCUGAAGAAAAUACCGCUAGCUCUAAAUCGGUUUGUUGGUUGUAGCGGACGGAAAAWUUCAUCGUCCUUCGCCUUCCUGUCCAAGUUAUGCCAAAAACGCGAAAGAUUUUUUAAAAUGUUUCGGAGAAUGCCACGUUUGCCUUGUAAGAUAAAGGAUUAUCUUGUCCUGAAAGUGCUUAUCUGUGCCCUGGUGUUUGCAGUUAUUGGACCGCUUGUGUUUCUUCACCAUUUAAACGGAGAUACUGGCUCAAGGGAUUUUACUAUUCAGUCCUUUCAGACAAGAACCAAGCUUGAUAAGUCUUAUGCAAAAGAUGAGUUUUUACUGGAAAGACUCGAAGAAUACCGGCGACAGAUUACAGAAUUAGAAAGAAUUAAGCUUUCUUUGUCCAAUGAACUGAGGGAUUUAGAAGGAAAGAGACACAUAAUCCAAAAAGAUAUYCAAAAACUUCAUGAGAGUGCGGAAAAAUUACAGAAGGAUUCAAAAUCUGUUAAGGAUUUGGUUAGUCGUGCUAAACGAAAAUUAGACGUUUAUAAAAUAGAAAAAACUAAAAUGAAUCAGUGUCCAMAAUUGCCUGAAAUGAGGUUGCCAAAAGCACCAGAAUUACCACUACAGAGAAAUCAAAUUUUAUCUUUAAAUAACGAAGAUGUUGAUUCUUGUAACCUUGAGAAGUGCUUUGAUUUUAGUCGUUGUCCUUAUGCUAAGGGAUUUUCAUUCUAUGUUUAUGAUCCUACAAACUAUCUGAUUGCAUCUAAUCCCUCAUUUGAUGUUAUGUCCAUAUACAAACUACUCAAAGACAGUUUAUACUAUACAUCAGAUCSUAUGACUGCUUGCAUUUAUGUUGUCCUUGUGGGAUCCCUGGAUGAAAUAUCGAAAGAAGAUUUAGACCACGUUAUACAUUCCUUGYCUUACUGGAAUGAAGAUGGCAGGAAUCAUUUUUUAUUAAAUUUAAAAUCAUCAACAAACACUUACAAAGAUAUCAGAGGAAUUGGAAUCAAUACUGGAAUGGCAUUUGUGGGCCAGACUUCCUUUUCUAGUUCACAUCUGCGUCCUGGUUUUGACCUGGUCAUCCCGCCUAUCAAUAUCAGUCAAUCACUUGGGGAAGGAUUGUGGGAACAGCCACCUCCACAACUGCCAGCUUUUAGAAAGUACUUCCUGAGCUUUGAAGGACAGAUUACCAAAACUGGCAAAAAAUAUUCAUUUUUAAGUGCAAAUGAAUUUUUAUCCCUGUCAAAAGAAGCGAAUGAUUUUUAUAUUUUUACGAGUUGCAAAGGCAGCAUUAAUGAAAGUGGAAAUGAAGUGGACCCUUUAGAAUGGAAGUUAUGUGGCAGCCAUGAAACUAGAAUAGGGAUACUCAAAAAAUCUACUUUUGCCAUAAUACCAGGACCUAUGRAUAGCAUUGGAUCUUGGGAUGCAGCUCAAGUUCGUCUGAUUGAAGCCCUGCAGAGUGGAGCAAUACCAGUGAUUCUGAGUAGUGCAGUAUCUCUACCCUUCAGUGACAUGAUCGACUGGUAUCUGGCUGCUAUGAUUCUACCCUCUSCUCGCAUCACAGAACUUAAUGCAUUACUACACACUGUGACAGUAAAUGAACUGUUGGAACUYAGRCGACAGGGUCGAUUCUUGUGGGAAAACUACCUUUYAACACCUCAAGCUACUUUGGAUGCCAUAUUAGCAGCUGUUAGAACAAAGCUAUCUCUUCCAGCCAAGCCAUUAUUAGCAACCCCAUCAACAUCAGUAUUUUCACCCUCAAACAAACCAUUAAUWAAUCCACCAGAUCCUGAUGCUGUUCUUGAACUUCCAAUAAAAUCUCCAACAUUUACAGCAAACUUUACCAGUACAGUUAACUUUGUUAGAGAUCACUGGAACAAGCCUCCAGGACCAGGUUAUUUACUCCCAAGUUAUCCCUUUGAACCACUUUUUCCAUCUUCUGCUGCUUUUAAGAACUCCACUACAGAAUUUGAACCUCUUGGUGGAGGUAAAGGAGGUUCUGGGGAAGCCUUCAKUAGGGCCCAAGGUGGAAAUUACCCUAAAGAACAGUUCACAAUAGUAAUACUGACUUAUGAGAGGGAGUUGGUUUUGAUGGAAUCAAUACAAAGACUAGUAGGAUUGCAAUACUUGAAUAARGUUGUGGUUGUGUGGAACAGCCCUCUUACACCUUCCCCUAGCUUGCGAUGGCCAGAUAUUGGGGUACCUGUUCAUGUGGUCAAGACUUCAAAGAACAGUCUGAAUAACAGGUUUAUUCCAUAUGAUGUGAUUGAAACUGAUGCUAUCCUGUCYAUCGAUGAUGAUGUUGAGUUACGUCAUGAUGAAAUAUUGUUGGCAUUCAGGGUUUGGCGUGAGAAUAGAGACAGARUUGUUGGAUUUCCUGGUCGGUACCAUGCGUGGGAUGACGUGAAUAAAAGAUGGACUUAUGAAUCWAAAUAUGCCUGUGAGCUGUCAUUGAUUCUUACUGGAGCAGCAUUUAUUCACAGAUAUUAUUUUUAUCUCUACACUCACUGGAUGCCAAAAAUGAUAAUCAACAAGGUUGAUGAGUACAAGAACUGUGAAGAUAUUGCUAUGAACUUCUUGGUUUCCCACAUCACACGCAAACCACCUUUAAAGGUAACAUCUCGCUGGACAUUCCUCUGCCCAAGCUGUCCUAUCUCAUUGUGGGAGGAUAAAUCCCACUUUGAAGAACGUCAUGAAUGCAUCAAUUUUUUUGARAGAGUUUAUGGCUACAUGCCUCUUSUGAAGACUCAGUACAGGGCUGACUCUGUCUUGUUCAAGACAAGGAUUCCUUCUUCUGAGACCAAGUGCUUCAAGUAUGUUUGAUKGCAGUAAUAAACAUACCUGUUAGAACAAUGCAGAGUGAACAAAGAUCUAAGAAUACCAGAUUGAAAUGUUUGAUACCAGACAGAAAUUUUACUAGUAACUCAUCCAGAGAAAACGAAGAUGAUGGAAUUCUUUGCUCACACUACUCCAAUGGCAAUUUAUUGCAACAAACUUAUUCCAAAUGUGAUGACUAAAUAAUUAUUGCUCCAAGCCAAGUUGGUUUUGAUAAAUACAGUAUUUGUAUAAACACAUCAAGUUCAAUCUCAACUUGGAGAAAUUGUUUUGUAGUCACUCAAGCAAAUUCAGGAAGCCCUAUUGUGUCUGGAACAAUUCUAGGAGUAUAAGUUGUGGCUGACCAGAAAUCAAUUCUACUGAGGUUAGCAGGAGUAACAUCAGAACUCUAUGGCAAAGGGAGAUCCUGCUGGCUAGGAUUUAGCCUUUAAGAAACUCCAUGAACAUCUUAAAACCACACAUUUUAAAAAUAAACAUAGAGAGAAAAAAAAGCUAUUUCAAAAAAAGGUUGAGGAAGGUUUUUUUUCUCAUUGUAUGCUGCAUACAAAGCUUGAAAAGCACUAUGGAAUUUUACCAAACUUUGUCAGCAUUUUGUUCAAGUGUAUUUUCUUCUCUUCYGACAUUAUUUACAUCUGAAUAUAACACAUUUUAAGCUUAAUUUUGGUAUUCAACAUGCAAGAAGGCCUUAACCAACCUCACCAUUUUUUUUGAAAAAGCUUUGUAUUGAAUGAGUUAUUGGGGCUUUCCUUCUCACUGCAAGUGAAUGCAUGAGAAAGGGAUUGUCAGUGCAUCUUAUGCAUUUCACCCAUUUU